AACCUUGUUUAUCCGGGAGUUACAUCACCUACAAUGCUACAAUACAAGAGUUUCUUUGCAUUUCUUGUCCAGCAGGUGGGUUUUACCAAGACGCACUUGCAUUCUAUGGCGAACGAGCGUAUGGUAAUGGAUGCCAGAUGUGCGACAACGGGACGUUUGUAAGAACAGCACCAGGAAGAAGAAAAGAAGACUGUAAACCAUGCCCUGAGGGAACAAAAAAUGAUGGGUUUGCAGGCUUCAGAGCCUGUGGAUGCCAAGACGAGUUUUAUCGUCUCGAUCGCUUUGACAAGUGCUACCCUUGUCCUGACUCUGGCGUCAGGUGUUUUAACGAGUCGAUGACCCUGGAGGCUGGGUACUACUGGCAAUGGAUUUCCAAGUCAGAGAAAGAUUACUACAUCAACUUUACCAAUAACCUACAAAUCUUCGACGACAGCUAUGAUAGAGACCUUGUUCAGUUUAAUGGAUCUUUCCCCAAACAUUACCAAUGUCCACGAUCAGAGUCAUGCCUUGGAGGACUGGACGCUGAAUGUGCUGAGGGUUACACAGGUCCCUUGUGUGCUGUAUGUGACAAGAAACAUUACCAGCUCAUUGCAACGUGUUUCAAGUGUCCAGCUGUACACUGGCUUAUUUUUCAGAUUUGUGCAAUCUUAUUGGUUGUUGUGAUAAUCAUUUACGUGGUCUUCAAAGGAAAGCAGCGCAAAGCAGGAGCUAAGCGCUCCCUUACCGACAUCAUCCUUGCUCGUCUCAAGAUCAUCGUGUCCUUCUAUCAAAUCUCUUCUGGUACACUCGACGCAUUCUCGUACGUUCAGUGGCCAAGUGCCUUGACCAAGAUGAGUGAGUACGCCAAAUUCGUUCAGCUGAACAUCCUGCAAAUUGCACCUCUACAUUGCUUCAAUUCUCGUCUUAAGAUGGAUGCGUACGCAGAUCUUGUUAUCACGUGUUCCAUGACUGCUGGUGUCAUUCUUGUAGCUUUGGCCUAUUACCACCUAAAGCGUGUUUAUCUUAGCAAGAGGGCUGGAAAAUCGUCCAUUCAAACUGACCUAGACGCUACUAAAGAGGCUUGCUACCGAAAUGUUUUCCUGUUCAUUUUCGUGACUUACCCACAGACAUGUUCAAAGAUAUUCCAAAUGCUUCCUGCAUCUUGCCACAAAAUCUGCCAAGACAGCAGUGAACAACAAUGUUCCUCCUACUUAAAGGCUGACUACUCCAUAACUUGCUUUACUGACAAAUACAACCAGUAUGUGAUCCUGGCUUAUGCUGCAUUGAUCUACCCUUUUGCUGUUCCAUUACUAACUGUAGCAGUUCUGUGGAAGUAUUACCACAAGAAGACUUUGCAAGAAGCUGCAAAUGUUGCUUUGAGUGAUGAAGAGUUGAGAAGUAACACAAAAGAGUCGGAAAAGCGUACUAGAUCCGUUGAUGAAAGAAAACAAGUGAUCAAAACAGAUAGUAAGAUGUGUCAGAACACAAAUAUUUCAAAAAAAGAAAAUCAUGUAAUCAAGAAAGGAGACGAACAUCUCGAGGUGAUAUCUGAAGAACAAGACACGAUUGCUGUUGCCAACGAAACUGCGUCACCAAAAAAGACACCCAACUCAAGACAUAUCCGCUUCAUGGGUGGCGAAGUAAAACAUGACCAGUUACAACCAGUUGGAAAUUAUCCAGAUGAGAACAAAAUGUCCAGAGAUGAGAAGAGGCCAAGACGUCAACCACUUUCUCUAUCAAAAGCUGUCCGUGCAAUAUCUGAGACAAAGAAAGUCUUUAGUAACCAAAAGGGGUCCACAAGCGAAAAGAAAGGCAGGCGACUUGGAAGAUCUGUUGUAGCUACUGUCCCAAUUGUCGCAGGAAUGAGUUUCAUAUUUGAAAACUACGCAGAUAAUUGUUGGUUCUGGGAAACUAUUGAGAUGACCAGAAAGCUGUUGCUGACGUCUUCUUUGGCUUUGAUUGGCGCAGAAGGACGAAACUCUCUUGGAGUUGCUUCAAUGCUUUCAGGCUGCUAUGCCAUCCUUCACGCUCACUUUAUGCCGAUUCCUGACAAGUUCGAGCAUGCUCUUCAGUUAACGUCGCUUCUGGUAACAUUUGCUAACACGUGUAUUGGGAUGAUGCUCAAGAUAGACCAAGGUGCCUUGCUGGAUGCUGAUGCUAAGAUCAUGGAUUCCUUGAUCAUCACAGUACUCUUGGUGACUGCUAAUGUCAUGGUUACUGCUCUUGUUGUCGUAAAAUAUUCGGUGGCAGUUGGUCAAAGUAUAUAUUAUCUCAUCAAGAAUCCUCGUUGUUCUCUGUCUUGCUGUCUGUCAAUCAUGCUGACUAUUGAUGAGGUACAAAGUGAAGCAAGAAGCAUGGCAAGCAACAGCGGCUGGAAGACGAAAAAUCUUGUCAAGCCCAGCAAUGAUUUUCAAGUAUCUGGUGUACGGGAUGCUGCAGGAGAAUAUGGUUUAACUGAAGUUGAUAUGAAUGAUGGGGGUGAAAGUAAUGAAGACCAGGAAGGAGAUGAAGAGGAGAAGAUCAAUGACGAAGAUGAA